CCGGCCUGGACCAUCCCACACCAUGCAGCGUGUGGACUGUCCCAUGCCGCGAGGGGCCGCCGCCAUCAACAGAGAGCGCGGCUGGUACCUGUCGGCGCCGCAGCGGGAGGGCGGCGAGGAAGAGGAGAGCGCGCCGCUGCUGCCCGCCAGGGCGCCCCCGGAUCGCGGGAGCUCCUUUGGUUUCGCAGUGUUUAAUUUAAUGAACGCCAUCAUGGGAAGCGGGAUACUUGGCUUGUCCUAUGCCAUGGCCAACACGGGGAUCAUGGGUUUUAGUAUCUUGCUGCUGAUUGUUGCCAGCCUUGCUGCUUACUCUGUAUUUCUGCUGCUUAAUAUGUGCAUUCAGACAGCUGUCACUUCUUACGAAGAUCUUGGCCUCUUUGCAUUUGGGUCACCCGGGAAGGUUCUUGUGGCCAGUACAAUAAUCAUCCAGAAUAUUGGAGCUAUGUCGUCUUAUCUUUUAAUUGUUAAAUCUGAACUGCCCGGUACAAUUGCAGGGUUCUUAAGUGGAGAAGAAAGCGGGUCAUGGUUUCUAAAUGGCAGAUUGCUGCUACUGAUUACUUCAGUCUGCAUUGUCUUUCCUCUAGCGCUUCUCCCCCAAAUCGGCUUUCUUGGCUACACAAGUAGUUUAUCAUUUUUCUUUAUGGUGUACUUUGCUCUCGUGAUUGUAAUAAAAAAAUGGUCCAUCCCUUGCCCGCUGCCACUGGCCAACUCUGUAGAGAUCUUACAGAUUGCAAAUUCUACUGAGGACUGCAAAGCAAAGAUGUUUAAUUUUACUAAAGAGAGUGCCUAUGCCAUACCAACCAUGGCCUUCUCCUUCCUCUGCCACACCUCAGUAUUGCCCAUCUACUGUGAGCUCCGCAGCCCAUCCAAAAGAAGAAUGCAGAAUGUGACCAUCACAGGAAUUAGUCUGAGUUUUGUAAUCUAUUUUGUAUCUGCCUUGUUUGGGUACCUUACUUUUUAUGACAAAGUAGACUCAGAAUUACUACAGUGUUACAGCAAGUAUCUGCCACGUGAUAUUGUCAUCGUGACGGUUAAGCUAGGCAUCCUGUUUGCUGUGCUUUUGACAGUCCCUCUAAUCCAUUUCCCUGCAAGGAAAGCUAUAAUGAUGAUAUUUUUCUCUCAUCUCCCUGCCUCGUGGACGCGCCAUAUUCUUGUCACUUUAGCACUUAAUGCAACUGUUGUUUUGCUUGCGAUGUAUGUGCCUGACAUUAGAAACGUAUUUGGAGUAGUUGGUUCUACCACAUCAACAAGUUUGCUCUUUGUAUAUCCCGGACUGUUGUAUCUUAAACUUAGCAGAGAGGACUUUAUAUCACCGAAGAAACUUGGGGCUUGUGCAUUGCUUUUGUUUGGCAUUUUUGUUGGUCUUCUCAGUUUAAUUCUAAUCAUCGUCAACUGGAUUAACGAAUAAUAAUGCUUCACGUUGAUUCUUAAGCUGGACUUGAGAAACAAAACAAAGACUUCUGGUGUGUGUCAAAACUGUUCAACUGAAUACUGAACAUCCUUGAGAAGAAACCCUACCAGAGCUGUGUAUGAAACAAGUAAUCCCCUGGUUUUUUGUUUAAAUCUCAAGCCAGCUCCUUUGACUGGCAGAUUCUUGUACGCACAGCCUUUGUGAGCCUACAAACAUACUCAUUUUUAAGUGACUUAACAUUGGCAUGGGUUAAAAGGCCAUCUUAUAAUUAUAUUUUGUUUAAUAAUGAAAUGGAACAAAAGGAGAAUGUCAUCUGUGUGAAAUCUGUCAGAUUUUGGGGAAGUUUAGAGUUAAACCUUUAGCUCUUGACCUGCCCUGGUAGGCAGAACUGAAAGAAGUUUCUUUCUUGUGUUUUGACUUGGAUGCAGCUGAAAACCUGAGAGAGAGGCAGUUUUUUCAAGACCUUUGUGCAUUUUGCAAGAAUGAAGAAAUCACAUGCCAGUGGUUACAUAAAAGUGGAAGAUAUCCAUCACUUCUGUUCGAAUAAUUUGCAGAAGUCUUCCAGGCUGGUACGAGAAAUCUUGGGCUAUAUCAGUCUCUGAAUGGUUACCAUAAACUCAUCCUAGUCUGGAUCCAGAGACCAGGUGCUUCAGCCCUAGAUUAAAUGAGCAUAUUGACGUUAGGAAAGUUUCCCUUCACAUGUGUGUUCCUCAGUUUGCAGUUGCACUUUAUUUUAUAGUUUAUACGUCAAUGGACUUGAAUCAUCUUGGAGUGAUUUUUGUAAAAUAAACUCUCUGACCUCCUAGGACAUUUGAUGUGUAUUUUGGCAGCAGUAGCAAACACUUCUAUUUUGCAGUUAAGUUCUUGCAGUAUUUCCGUUACAAAUGCCUAUUUUUGAAUAUUGAUCGUAUUACAUGACUAUUCACAGCUUGGGAGGCCUAUUUUCCACCUCUGCCUCACUCACACAUCCCUGUUGCUGGUCAUUUCCAUUGGUUUCCAGUUGCAAAUUUUAUAGCCCUAAUUUACAAUUAUGAUCAUGUAGUCCAGUGGCACUCCAAGUCUUGGCCCCCCCGUAAGCCAGAUGCACACAUUCAGGGCGGGGGUCCUGUGUGCUGGGGUUGAGCAUUGUACCACCCUUGCCCAGCCAGGAUAGGGCCAUAAGACCCCGACACCAGGAUCAGGCUCCAUACUGCCGUGUGCGCCCAGUCUAGCAGGCAGGGCUGUGGCCCAUGAUGCUCCCCGCAGAUCCGUGUAGAGCCACGUGGGCCAGAUGACAUGACACCAGGAUCUGGGCCUGGGUCUGGUCUGGGAGUUGAGCACCCCAGUCUAGUCUGAUUUCUCGCAUGCUGCCAGUCUUUGGAUUUCAUUUAACAGUUCCUAUAUCUAGCUCUAAUAACGUCUAUUUGAAGUAGCUCCAAUUUAAAUGUUACACUAGUGUAAGUUGAAGUAAAAUCACACCCCAAAGAUGAAAUUGUAGUUUGCUUAAAAGGAAUUUUACCUUAUUGGACCAAGGCUUUGCCCUGAGUCAAUAAACUUUUACAUAUCCCUUUUACGCACCAUUUCUGCUUAAAAUGAAAUGUGAACGUCGCUUGCCGUAAUAGUUGGACUUUCUCUGAGGUCUGAUCCACACGAUGCUAAAAAUGGCUUUGGCAGCCCACAACCAAUAUUAUUUAAGUUCUGCCAUCGUGUGCAACAAUAGUCUAGUGGCAGACUUUUCCAUUUCCCUAGUAUGCAUGGGGCCCAAAGUACUGGAAAUGCCCUAAUCUCUUCAGAGAUUUUUAUCCUCUAAGGAAGCUAAGCCUCCACAGAAAGGAGGCUUGCAUAACAUAAAGAAAAUAGACAUUAGGCUGGAAUGGCAAGAUUUAGAAGGUGGAGAAGUUCAUCAUUAUUUCCAGAUGAGAUAUUGGUUUUUAUUUGGCUUCCUGCUUUUUACAUCUGCAAGGUAGGAUAAGACACGCACAGAAAUGAAACGCUGUAAAGCAAUAUGUUUAUGCAACAUAAAAGCCACUAUUAAAAUAAGUAGCAGUUGUAUAACUUCAUAUUUCCAUCUGAUGCAUGUGCACAAAUAGACUACUGCUGAGCAGGAACAGUUGAUAAAAUUUAGUAAUAUGGUAUUGUCUGAGGCCAUAUGUAGUGCAAUAAAACAAAGAUCAAUAAACUAAGCUGGUCGUAUGGGGAAUAUGAUUUCCCCAAAGCAUGGCUGUUCUAGCUUAUUUGAAAGAGAAGUCAUUGCGAUUGGCCAGCGCAGGAGAACUGAAGUCGGACUUGAAAUAUGAAUUUAGUAGAACGACUUUCAAAUGGUUUUUCUACCAUUUAUAGUUUCAUGCCUUGGUAUUUUCUAGAGGGGGAAAAAUAGGAAACAGGCAACAUUAGGCUUCUCACGUGGGUAUUAAAUUCUUUAAAGAAUGAACAAGAUAGAAAGUGGCUGCAUUUUUUCCAGUCUGAAGGGGCUGUGGAAGGAUUUGAAAGAUGAUGUGGCCAGAAAAGCCUCUCACCUGCCGAAUAAGUUGGUUCAGUACAGCCCCACCAUGUCUCUUGCUGGUGGAGUAUGUAGGGAGCUGAGUUAUGGUUCCUUGUGGAGGAUCGGGGCUUUGUCGUUCCAUUUUGAUUAUUCCAUUUUUGGGUCAUAAGAGGCUAAUUCUGUUACUCUGGAGCUGUGAUCUCAAGAGGUGCAGUCCUCAGCUCAGGAAUUGAGGGUUAUGAGGGUGGCUGUUGAUCACCUUCCUGAAUCAGGGGCCAGAAGCAAUCCCACAAAUGAGAUUGCUUCAGCGUCCAGGCGCUAGAACAAUUAAGCACUGUCCUGCCAACCUGGGAUCAUCAGAGUGCUUGGCACGUUUUGACCCUAUAUUGUCCAGAAAGGACUAGUCGAGGAUGGUAUUAAUAUUAUUAUGUGUACGAGUCCAAAAUUACUUUGUGCCAGGUUAAUUGGCAGCUAACCCUGGACCUUAAGAUAGAAGUGGACCAGCAUGUCGCUAUGAUUGGAUCAGGGCCCACAAUAUGAGCCUUGGAGUUGCUGUAGCGUAUUUCUCUAGUCUUUGGGAAUGAACAUGAUCUCUUGAGAAGACAGAGUGUCUACGAGUGUCUUUGAUUCAUCUCUGACUUAGGAGUUGAAACAAACUGCUGAGAGAAUUUGGGCGCUGUCUGAACCUACGGUCCCCUGCUUCCUUCAGCCAAGGGGUUCCAGCGUGGAUUUGCAGAACAAACCUGGACGAUGAAGUCCUCCGUCCUGCACAUCAUCCCUCUUGCCUCCAUCCCCUCCCUGCCCCCUUCCUUCCCAGGUUUGUUCUUAAUUUCCAUGUUUCAGAGUUGAUUACACUGCACAUGUUCACCUGUUCAAAUAUCUCAAAUGAUAGUGUAAAAACCUGUGCAGAACAUGCCAAAAUGUGCUUCAGGGAAUCAUGACAGCGAUGACAGUUGUCCAUCAACAAAUGUGUUAAUGCGGGGUCUGAUCGGCAACUUGGGUCCUGAAUGAGCUGAGUUUUGAAUUUCCAUGAAGGAUACUAGAAAUCUGCCAAAAUUGCAAUCAGAAUCCCUGGGGCAUUUCCAUAAAGGUUCUUUCUCUCUCAUACAGACACCAUUUGCCUUGCUUUUAUACGUUGCUAUUAGGUAAUAUUUUAAGAUGCGAUUAUUUCUUUUUAAAACUAUUUCAAACUCCACCAGUAUGUUAACAUUGAAAAUCAGCUGGGUGAAUCGGGAAGCUGGCAAGAUCAUCCAAAACCUCCUAUCUCCUCUCUCUCAGGAGAAAGCAUAGGCCAGCAACAAAUUCAGAACCCUGCUCCUCUGACGGGGCCGGAUUGAGAUCUGGGUUUCAAAUAUUUUGAAAGAUGUGACUGAAGGCAUGCCGGAAAAUGUGAAUCCCUCAGUACAAAUUUGUAUACAUUUUUCUGGUAAUUAUAAUCAUUUAAACUAGAAAGAGAGACCUUCCAUUGUAUUUUUUUUUCCAAACCCUAGGCAUUGCUUAAACCGCCAUACUUUUUAAAAUGUUGAAUGCCAGCGUUUGAUGUUAGUGCUCAAUUAAGAUUAAUGCAAGCAAUUCACAAAUCUCAAGCUGUGUUAAUUCAUCUCUAGCUGUAGUGCAGUCAAGACAGUACAGCAGAUUGAUUAUUUUGGAAGGAAAAAACUUUAAAAUGCUACUUUAAAAAAUAUGCCUAUAUGAGAUUAGGUUUAAGAGAAUCUACAAUCUGGAGGAAAACCGCUUACAUUUCCAGAAUCUAUAAAUUCUGUUUUUGGAAGAAUCCCUGGAUAAAAGGUGCCUUUUUAGUCCCCAUUUUCUGAAGCAGUGACACUAACAGAUUUCGUAUUCUCAUGUGAAUACUUUUUUUUUUUCUUUUUCUUUUUAAUUAUGUUUAUGGUGCAUAUAUGCGCUAAAUGGAAAUAGAGAUAAAAUGGACUUUGCCUGUCAUAGAGUCGUGGGGUUGGGAGGGAGCUCUGGAGUUCAUCGAGUUCAUCCUCCUGCUCAAGGCAGGAUCAUCCCUGACUAAACCGUCUCAGCCAAGUGUCCGUCUAACCUGCUCUUAAAUACUUCCAAGGAUGGAGAUUCCACCACCUCUCUGGGGAACCCCUUCCAAUGUUUCACCUUCCGAGUGAGAAAGCUCUUCCUGAUCUCCAACUUAAAUUUCCCUUGCUGCAAUUUAAGAACAUUGCUCCUUGUCCUGUCCCCUAGAAUGAGCCUUUUGCACUGCUACAUCAAUAUACUUGCAUCUCGACUGAAGAAACACUGGCAAGAAGGCUACGUGGGGCUUGCAGUGAAGUGAUUUACUUUUGCACUAAUCAAACUUAGUAGAAGUUUUUAAAUCAAAGUUUCCCUUUUAUUUUUUUUCAAAUGAAACACGGCUAACAGAAUGGAAUUUGUUUUAAAGAAACCGCUAGCUUUUGUUGGUGGGGGGAAGAACAGGUGAGGCAAGGGAGACUGUUUUGGGGCAGAUGGGGAGAGGCGUAUACCAAAAAUGAAAUAAUUUUGCCACCAACUCUCCUUACCAAUGCAAGCCAUCUCAUUUUGGUGCAGUAUGUCCAUACCAAAAUACUGCCUAUGAUUAUUGCCCCAGGGCAAACUUCCCUGAUCUAUGGGGGCUUUUUUUCUUUUUAUAAAAAGUGCAAAAUGUGACCCCAGCUGAAAAGCAUCCUUAAAGGGUUGUGUUUCUUCCUGUGUAUUUUCUUGCAUUUCUUCUGCUGUAUUGCCACUCUUAAAUUCCAUUCUUGUUCUUACUAAUAUGUACCGAGCUUUCUCCAAAUGUCUUCCUCUCCUUUGAAGACUUGAAAAGGGUAAAAAGGAAGGACCUUUGCCUUCCUGCUCCUGCAACAGGUGCGAGAUCACCUGAAAGGCGGCCUUUAAGCACGGUAAGACAGAUGCACAUGAAUUGGGAGGCUCUCUUUAGAGUAAACAAAUCGUUCUCCCGUUCCUCUUCCUCGCACAUUUGAAGACUGAUCAUAUUACUGGCCUAUCUGGGUGCAUCGGGGGUCGAACUGAGCCUCUCAGAGGUAAAUAUUUGCAAGCAGACUUGCAGAAAAGGAAAUGUGUGAACAAAGGAGCUUAUGCUUUUAAACUCUUUAGUUUUGUGAAACGCUUGCUCUCUGUUUUGCUCACCGGUGCCUGGUAAGCAGUCUGCAUCUUCAUGAUACCUUAUUUCACAGCAGCAGAAGUUUAACAAAAAUUCUCAGCUGUUUCCCUGUACAUUCAAUACUGGGUCCCUUAUGUCUUUGGCUUGGCUACCUUACAAAUCUGGGCAGUAUUAAAGAGCCAUAGUUGCCCCUUUAUUUUUGCCAUGCCAAAGUAGGCAAACAAGAUUCUUUGGGUAGGUGUGAUAUCUUUUAUU